AUUCCUUAGAAACACAACACACGCACAUAUCAUAUACACACACGGCGCGUGCAGAGAACAGCGUAUCCAGAUGCAGAGCAAAUGUUCUGGUGUUACGUCACAAAUACUACAUCAGUAAAUAUUUACACGAAUAUUGAAUAGAUGCUUUAGGGAAACGGAACCAGAUAAGCGGCUUCCAGUAGAGUAUUGAAAUGUGUGAAUUGUGUCUUUAGAUUAUAGCCAUAUUUUGAUAUUUGGUAAUUCAAAACCGCCAAAAACCAUGACUGAAAAGGAUAUAUGCUAUGGUUGUGGAGAUUUGAUAACUGACCGACACCUACUGAAGGUCAAUGACCGUUACUGGCAUAUCCACUGCCUUAGAUGUUCUCUUUGUCAGACGGCACUAGAUCGGGAUUCCUCAUGUUACAUUAAAGAUGGCAGUGUCUUCUGUAAAAAUGAAGAAUUCAACAGAACCGAUUGUGCUAAUUGUGGUAAAACCAUUCGUGGAGAAGACUGGGUAAGGAAAGCCAGAGAUUUGAUAUAUCACGUGGCUUGUUUUUAUUGUGAAACAUGUGACAAACCAUUAUCUACGGGGGAACAGUUUGGACUUCUCGGCAAACGACUUCUGUGUAAAAGACAUUUUAUUGAAAGUAUGGAUGGGAAUAGCUCAGAUGGAGCCAGUAUACCAGAGACGAUACAUACAGAUACCAGUAGUAACGAUGGAACCUCAAAACCACGAGCCAAACGACCACGUACCUGUUUUACCGAGGACCAAAUACAAAUACUCCAGUCACACUUCAUACUAGAAAUAAACCCAGACUCACAAGCCAUGGAGAAAAUAGCUAAUAAAGCUGGGAUUCAUAAACGUGUGGCACAAGUAUGGUUCCAAAAUGCACGAGCUAGACAGAAAAAAGAAAAGGGCAAGAAGAAAGCUCCUAAAUUUGUAAGACCACCAUCAUCCAGUAGUUCUGAUGGAAGUGACAGCCAACAAUCAUACUCAGAGUAACAAUAUAGUGCCAAAUUUUAUGUGUGGUUUUAAUUUUUAUCUUGUACAUAUUGUCUGUCUAUUUAUUUUAUUUGUCCAAAUAAAGACAAAAUGAUUUUAUGAAGAAA